UCCCAUGUGUUUCUAUUUUGUAGUAUUAGCCGGACCGCUAUGUCACGUCUCCGCACAUAUUUACAUUUUAACAAAAAAGACAGACGACAAAGGGGGAGGGCUCAUAGCGAUAAAACAGACCAUCAAUCAAAAGACCUAUAGGCCAGACAUCCACAGCAAACGAAUCCCAGGUAAACAUUGAAACAUAUAUGUUAGAACUUUUAUCACACGCUGUAACGUUAAUAUACAUAAGGGAAAGUUGUACGUAUUUUACCAGUUAUGGCUUUUUGCAUUAUCCGACUGUAGUUAAUUAUAAACAUAGGCAGUACCCACGUGGUUUAUUCGAGCCGGAGACUGCAGAUUCUUUUGUUUAAAAAAUCCAUAAAAAAACUAGGAGGACGGACAGGCACGAGAGAAUCAGGAAAUCCCUCUGCGGACGUGUUAAUUAGUCACCGAAUUAGAAGGAAAGAUCGUAUGAAGACUGGUUCCUGUAGAGUUCAAUGAGCUGGUUACACAGGAAUCUGAACAGAUUCGGAGUAAUGGGUGUGCAUUUGUAACAACGAACAGCAAACACAGUUUUUCUAUCAAGAUAUAAUUUCGAGUCGGUGUUAGGUUUUUGUAUUGACGAAAUGUGAUUGAGCAACAUUGGGCUGUGACUGGAGAAGAGAUGGAUGGAAAGGUAGGCGGGUUAGGAGUUGAGGAAGACGGGGUGGAGUGGAGUGGCAAAGGGUGGCGGUAGAGUAGUAAAGGUUAAGAAGAAGAGGAAGCCUGAGGAGCCUUUGCAGGUCUUGUCAGAGGAGAGUAGUGAUGAGGGAGGUUCGGUUCGCAGUUGUACUGAGGGAAGUGGAGUUCAAGGUGUUGGUGAAAUUUAAGGACCAGAUUCAGAUUGUGUAAUAGUCACAUGUACAGGUUGCAGGUGUGAUUGCAGGGUACUGUGAAAAUAUUAGGCUUCGAGCUCCAACAUGCAGGACUAGUGAAAUAAAAUAAUGAAAAUGGUAAUAAAAACAAUAGAAAUAGCACUAUAUACAUAAUAACAACGGUGGCAGUGAUGAAUACAUACAUUUCCAUUAUUAUUAUUUCCAUUGGGGUGGAGGCAGAGUAAAGACUGUUGAGGGGGUGGGGUGGAAUGACCAUAGGGGGAGCAGCAGCAUGAUCAUUGAGUGAAAUAAAAACAAAAAAGUUAUAAUAUACAUAUUAACAACUGCAACAGUGAUGAAUGUCAUUGGGGUGGGGGGGCAGAGUAAAGUCCGUUGAGGGGAGUAGCAGAUAGCUGACUAGUGGUGGCUAUUCAGCAGCCUGAUGGUCUGAGGGUAGAAAUUAUUGGCCAGUCUUUCAGUUUUUGCCAUGAUGCUCCUGUUCUACCCACGUCUGAGUGAUUGAAGCGGGGAGAACAGGGCAUGGCUGGGGUCCCUGAUUAUCUUUUUUUUUUUUUUGUAUCUUAUCUUCUUGGUCUUCCUACGACACCUGGUGUUGUAGGUGUCCUGUAGGGCAGGGAGUGUGCACCCAAUGGUGCGUUCGGCUGCACGUAUCACCCUCUGACGAGCCUUGCGGUCCGCCGCUGUGGAGUUGCAGUACCAGGCUAUGAUGCAGCCCGACAGUAUGCUCACGAUGGUGCUCCUGUAGAACCCUGUGAGGGCCCUCAGUGACAGGCAGAAUUUCUUCAGUAUCCUGAGGUUGAAGAGUCUCUGUCGUGCCUUCUUCACCACGGUGUCCGUGUGGUUAGACCAUUUCAGCUUCUCUGAGAUGUUUACGCAGAGGAAUUUGAAAUUAUUGACCGUCUCCACGGCGGCCUACGUUGAUGAGGUGGAGUUACGGCGGUGAGUCAGAUCGCAUUGACUAGGGAUUUGGAGGGUAAAGUAGGAGAGGUCGUGUCUGCUGAAGUUCUUCGUGAUUGAAGUUUGGUGGUGGUGUGUUUAAAUGCUAAACCGUAUGAGAAGGCACUCAAACUCAAGCAGGUAUGUAAACCUGUGGUUGAUGGUAGCAUGCCGGAUCAAACUGGACGGCAGUGGGUGAAGGGGGUUAUUACAGGAGUUCCAGAAAUUAACAUGAAAGAAAUAAAGGACCACUUGAAGGGAGGCUCUCUUAUUGAGGCAAAGCGCCUUCAAAUGGCACGAGAUGGGAAGAAGGUGGAUAGCUUGUCAGUGCUACUAAACUUUGAGGAUCUGGUACUGCCAGAAAAAGUUAUGACAGGGUAUAUGAGUUACUGUGUGCGAGCAUACUUUCUGAAACCAUUGCGUUGCUAUAACUGUCAAAGGUUUGGGCAUGUGGCGGCGGUGUGUAAAGGCAAAAGGAGAUGUGGUGUGGAGGAGAACAUACAUAUGGGGAACGUGGAGACGGGGUCCAGUUAAAGUGCUGUAACUGUGGGGGUGUGGCGUAUGGGGGUUGUAAAGUGAUGAAAAGACAGGUGUACGUGCAGAAGGUGAGGAGUGAGUGGAAAAUCUGGUAAGCAGAAACAGUGAAGGUGGUAGUUCAUGCAGAAACAAUCGGGGCACCUAGAAGAACAGGUAUUCCAGGGCAGAUCGGGAUGCAGGUGGGGCGUGAUGUAGGGAGCAGAAUGGGGGAGAACACAAGAAUGGUAGUAGACAAAAGUAUGUGGACACCCUUCAAAUUAGUGGGUAUGGCUAUUUCAGCCACACCAGUUGCUGACAGGUGUAUGAAAUCGAGCACACAGCCAUACAAUCUCCAUAGACAAACAUUGGCAGUAGAAUGGCACAUACUGACAAGCUCAGUAACGUUCAACGUGGCACCGUCAUAGGAUGCCACCUUUCCAACAAGUCAGUUCGUCAAAUUUCUUCCCUGCUAGAGCUCCCACGGUCAACUGUAAGUGCUGUUAUUAUGAAGUGGAAACGUCUAGGAAGCAACAAUGGCUCAGCCGCAAAGUGGUAGGCCACACAAGCUCACAGAACGGGACUGCCGAGUGCUGAAGCACGUAGCAUGUAAAAAUUGUCUGUCCUCGGUUGCAACUCUCACAACCGAGUUCCAAACUGCCUCUGGAAGCAAGGUCAGCACAAGAACUGUUCGUCGGGAGCUUCAUAAAAUGGGUUUCCAUGUCCGGGCAGCCGCACACAAGCCUAAGAUCAUAAUGCGCAAUGCCAAGCGUCAGCUGGAGUGGUGUAAAGCUCGCCACCUUUGGACUCUGGAGCAGUGGAAACGCGUUCUCUUGCAGCAUCUGGCAGUCCGACGGACUAAUCUGGGUUUGACGGAUGCCAGGAGAACGCGACCUGCCAGAAUGCAUAGUGCCAACUGAAAGAUUAGUGGAGGUGGAAUAAUGGUCUGGGGCUGUUUUUCAUGGUUCGGGCUAGGCCCCUUAGUUCCAGUGAAGUGAAAUCUUAACGCUACAGCAUACAAUGACAUUCUAGACGAUUCUGUGCUUCCAACUUUGUGGCAACAGUUUGGGGAAGGCCCUUUCCUGUUUCAGCAUGACAAUGCCCCCGUGCACAAAAUGAGGUCCAUGCAGAAAUGGUUUGUCGAGAUCGGUGUGGAAGAACUUGACUGGCCUGCACAGAGCCCUAUCCUCAACUCCAUCGAACACCUUUGGAAUGAAUUGGAACGCCGACUGUGAGCCAGGCCUAAUCGCCCAACAUCAGUGCCACUAAAGCUCUUGUGGCUGAAUGGAAGCAAGUCCCAGCAGCAAUGUUCCAACAUCUAGUGGAAAGCCUUCCCAGAAGAGUGGAGGCUGUUAUAGCAGCAAAGGGGGGACCAACUCCAUAUUAAUGCCCAUGAUUUUGGAAUGAGAUGUUUGACGAGCAGGUGUCCACAUACUUUUGACCAUGUACUGUAUCUUGGGCUCAAAGGACUGACAUGGGAAAAUGUACAGGAUGACCUUCAUAAGAUUGAGAAUAAGUCCUGACAGGAAUCAUGUGUUGGUUAAUUUUCAUAAUGGUGUUAAUCCUUCAAUGGAAUGCCAGAAGUUUGAUGGCUAAUGGGCAAAAGUUCAAACAAUUUCUUGAGGAGUUACCAGCCAAACCUGAUGUGAUGUGUCUCCAGGGAACAUGGCUUUAACCUACUCUAGAUUUUGUAUUACAAGGUUAUAGUGCAGUCCAUAGAGCUAGGGUGGCAGGGGGAGGAGGAGAGUGUGCUACCUUUAUAAAGCGGGGGAUCCCAUAUAGGUGUGUGGGAGAGGGAGUUGAACAGGAGUAUGUAGUGGUAGAGGUGUGGUUGGGAGGGGGGAAUAUGGUAAUAGUGAACUUUUACAACCCGUGUAAGAGACUAGAGUUGAUGGCCCUUGGGAAUGUAGAAGGUCAAGAUAGGAGACGGGUAAUGUGGUGUGGGGAUUUUAAUGCUCAUAGUACGCUCUGGGGAGGGUUAUGGACUGAUGUAAAUGGACAAGUGUUGGAGGAACUACUGGAUGGGAAAGGCCUUGUGAGUCUUAAUGACGGCCGGGGAAUCAGGAUUGAUCCAGUAACUGGAAAUGAAUCUGCUCUGGAUCUUACUUUGAUCUCAAGUUCAAUGGCAGGCAGAUGUAAUUGGGAGGUUUUGGAGGAAUCUACAGGGGAUAGUGAUCACUAUCCAAUCAUGUGUACUGUAGGAUUGAGGGUGGAAGAUUCAGUAGGAAAUGGAUUGAGGAGAUGGAUAUUUGGGAAAGCAGAAUGGGGUCAGUUUUAGGAGUUGAGUGAACAAGAGCUGUCUCAGGUUGAUCUCAGUUCAGAUGUAAAACAGUGAAUGAGUAAGAGGAGCAAUAGUAGUGGCCACAAGGCAGGUGAUUCCUAUGGGUACAGGGGGGAGAAAGAGUAACGUAGUUCCCUGGUGGACUGAAGAGUGUAGAGAAGCAGUGAAGUGUAGGAACAGCGCUUUCAGAAUGUUGAAAAGGUCAUAAUUACCAUCACCUGAUUCAGUAUAAACAAGCACAAGCAGUAGUAAGGAGGAUUAUUAGGACAGCUAAGAGGGAGUAUUGGCGCUGGUUCUGUGUAACCAUAGGCAGGACCACUCCUAUGGGAGAGGUAUGGGGGAUGAUUAAGAGGAUGAGUGGGGUCAGACGAGAUUGGGAUAAUAAUAAUAAUAUGCCAUUUAGCAGACGCUUUUAUCCAAAGCGACUUACAGUCAUGCGUGCAUACAUUUUUUUUGUUUUUUGUAAUGGGUGGUCCCGGAGAUCGAACCCACUACCUUGGCGUUACAAGCACCGUGCUCUACCAGCUGAGCUACAGAGGACCACCUCCCUGUGCUGAAAAGUGGGGAGAUUGUUGCAGUGAGAGAUAUGGAGAAGGCAGAGAUGUUAGCCCAGGCAUUUGUGAAGGUGCACAGCUCAAAUAAUCUGACAGAAGAGGGGCAGCGUCGGAGAGAGAGGGUCAGAGAAGAACAUCCGGGGGUCCUGGAUCAGAGAGAGAUGGUGGGGGAUACAUUGAAUGCCCCUUUUAUGAUGGCUGAGAUGAAGAGAGCAUUAGCUAAAGCUGGGGUAACAUCUCCUGGUAAGGAUGAGAUGUGUUACAUCAUGAUGGCUAUUUUCAGUGACCGCAAUGGGGAAAGUAUUGGGCCUUUACAAUAAAGUGUGGCAGGAAGGGGAACUGCCUGGAAGUUGUAAGCAGGCGGUGUGGUGCCAAUAUGGAAACCAGGGAAAGACCCUUCUAGUCCUUUAAGCUAUAGGUCGAUAGCGUUGACAUCUUAUGUAUUUAAACUUAUGGAAAUUAUGAAAAUGGAAAGGCUGACUUACUUUCUGGAGAGUAGAGGACUAAUGUCACCAGAUCAAAGUGGGUUCAGGAAAGGCAGGGGAACGAUGGAUCCUGUACUGUGUCUUGAGUCAGUCAUACAGAAGACACAGGCAAAUAAGGAGGUGGUGGUAGCCGUUUUCUUAGAUGUAGAGAAGGCUUAUGAUAUGAUGUGGAAGGAAGGCCUACUCAUCAAGCUGGAUAACAUGGGGGUUGGAGGAAGGGUUUUUAACUGGAUAAAGGAUUUUCUUUUUGGGCAAUCAAUACAAGUGAGGGUGGGGAGCUCUGUCAGAAAGCAGAAAGCUAUGAGGUAGAUAAUGGUACCCUCCGGGAAGUGUCAUUAGUCCUUUGUUGUUCUCUAUUAUGAUUGACGAUGUAUUCUCCCAGGUGAGACCUUAUUUAUUUUAUUUUUUACAUUUUAGUAAUUUUUUGCAGACGCUCUUAUCCAGAGCGACUUACAGUUAGUGAGUGCAUACAUGUUUUUGUAGUUUAAAAAAUAUAUAUACUGGCCCCCCGUGGGAAUCGAACCCACAACCCUGGCGUUGCAAGCGCCAUGCUCUACCAACUGAGCUACAUGGCUCCCUUAUAUUGGGAGGUGGGGCUUCAAGUUUUCAGUUGAGAAAACACAUACUGUGUUUUUUUCUAGAAGGAAGGUUGGGGAGUAAAUAUACUUGAAGUUGUAUGGAAGGAAUCUGGAGAGGGUGGGAGGGUUUAGGUUCCUGGGGGUCUGGUUUGACAUUCAAAUGAUAUGGGCAGAGCAUAUUAACAGAGUACUUGUCAAAGGAAAUAAAAUAUUUAAUGUGAUGCGUUGCUUGUCAGGAAUGGAGUGGGGAGGCAGAUAGAAUGGUGUCGAAAAUGCUAUAUAUAGCGCUGUUAAGGUCCUCACUGGAUUAUGGAAGUAUAGCAUAUGGAUCAGCAGCUCCGACAUCUUUAAAAAAGCUAGAUGUAAUCCAGGCCCAAACCCUAAGAAUAUGUUGUGGAGCACUCAGGACCUCCCCGGUGGCAGUGAUGUAGGUAGAGUUGGGAGAGAUGUCGUUAAAGUUAAGAAGACAACAGCUAGCCAUUACCUAUUGGGUAAAUCUACAAAGACAUAUGGUUACACAUCCUACAAAAAAGAUGCUCCUAGAGUGCUGGGAACAUGAACACAAUCUUAAUACAAGCUUUGGGUGGAUAGGCAAUGACAUGGCGAGAGAGAUGGGGUUGUUUGGGAGGGAGUUUAGCCCCUCUGUGGUUCUUCCUGCUAUCCCACCUUGGUUUCCCCCUCAGCCAGUGAUAGGUCUAGGGUUGCUUGAGAGGGUAAGAUAUGUUGAGGAAGGGUAGAUUCAGUUGUAAGUGAACAUUUAAGAACACAACUAUGCUUUCUUAAGUAUAUUCACAGAUGGAUCUAAGGACCCUAAAACAGGGAGGACAGGUGCAGCUUUUAGUGUUCCUGAGUUUAAGGUGGCAGUGACAAAAAGAGUAACGGAUAGUUUAUCUGUUUACACAAUGGAGUUGUUGGCCAUACUAUUGGCUGCAGAGUGGGUGGAGGAGUAGUCGUCUGCUCUGACUCCUGUGCAGCACUGAUGAGCUUAAAUUCAUUUGUGUCUCAGAGCAGACAGGAUGUAUUGUAUGAGGUUUUGCAGUGUUUGUAUAGGGUGAAACAGGUUGGGGGUAUUUGUUAUGUUCCUCUGGGUACCAGCUCAUGUGGGAGUAGAGGGGAAUGAGGAGGUAGGUGGAUAUUAUCACGAAGCAGGCUCUUAAACAUCCUAAUGUUGAGAUGGAAUAGUCAAUUAGUAAAGCAGAAGCCAAGUGGUUAAAAACAAAUGGCAAGAGUUGUGGAACAGGGAGAGAAAGGGAAGACACCUGUAUAAGAUCCAUGAAAAGGUGGGGGCAGGGAGGUCCUCAGGCCGAGAGAGAAGGGAGGAAAGUGUAAUCACAAGGCUGAGACUGGGACACACAAGGCUAAAUAGUACAUUGAAAUUGGUGGGGAAACAUCCGACUAGGAGGUGUGAUCAAUGUCAGGAGGAGAUGGAGACUGGAACAUGUUCUAUUUCAGUGCCAGAAAUAUGGGAGGGAAAGGGAGCGAUUGUUAUUAGAUUUGAGGAGUAAUGGGGUUGAAGAGCCAGGAUUAAGUGAACUGCUGGGGAAAUCUUCAGGGGAUGUAGUAUUUCCCUAUGUAUUUAGUUUCCUUAGGUAGACGAGAAUAUUGGGUAGGAUUUAGACUUUCACUGUCUCUGGUCCACAGUCCAGUUGGUGGCGGUAAUGCACCUUAACAUUGGUUGCCAACCGCCAUAUAAAAUCCACAGAAGAAAAAGAAGAACAAAAUCUGAAGCGAAGAGGUUUAGCAACGUUUUCAUCUCACCUUUUAGUUGGGGAAAGAUAACGUUUUUCAUUGGUGUAUUAGCUAGCUAACGUUACCCAAGAUUUGUGUCUUUGUUUAGAAAUCGAUAACGUACACUAGCUGGCCUUAGUUAGUAGCUGGUAGUAAAAACCGUGCAUUUUGUGGCUAUUUUCGUAUUUUCCCGAACUUUAAUAGUUAACUUAGUUGUCGGCUAGGUAGUAGCCACUGAUUAUGCUUGCUCGAAGACAAAGAAAUGCGGACAAGACUGAGUGCUAUAAUUCAUUACUAGCUAAUGACAUUACUAGCGCGAGUCGCUAUGGUUAAUCAUGGCUAGGAUAGGUGGCUUUCAAAGUUUUGUGUACUUUGACCAGAUCAUUGCAAAUUGCGUUGUCAGCAGUUCAGCGAGAUGAGUUUGGUUUCGGUUGUAUUGAUAUCACAAUUCAUGUCUGUUUUGUUUUCGCCCCGACUUUUCUCCAGUGACAAACAUUGGCAGUAGAAUGGUCCGUACUAAAGAGCUCAGUGACUUUCAACGUGGCACCGUCAUAGGAUGCCACCUUUCCAACAAGUCAGUUCGUCAAAUUUCUGCCCUGCUAGAGCUGCCCCGGUCAACUGUAAGUGCUGUUAUUGUGAAGUGGAAACGUCUAGGAGCAACAACGGCACAGCCGCGAAGUGGUAGGCCACACAAGCUCACAGAACGGGACCGCCGAGUGCUGAAGCGUGUAGCGCGAACAAAUCGUCCAUCCUCGGUUGCAACACUCACUACCGAGUUCCAAACAGCCUCUGGAAGCAAGGUCAGCACAAGAACUGUUCGUCGGGAGCUUCAUGAAAUGGGUUUCCAUGGCCGAGCAGCUGCACACAAGCCUAAGAUCACCAAGUCAGGCCUUCAACCAGUCACUGUCGCUGACGAUAUCAAGGAAAAAAUUGUAAGUCCACCUGACCUGCAUGAGGUUAAGUCUAACAUUGUUCAGAUAAAAUGGGGGGGGGGGGUUAAUGCAAAUAGGGAAUGUAACGUUAUUAGUGCUUAUGAAGUGCUAGAACAAAACAUUAAGUGAAACGCUGAUUGCUGUAUUGUCAUUUCUGUAGAAACUUGACUUACCUAAAGUCAAAGGUCAACUGCUCAUUUUCGGAGCCACCAACUGGGAUCUCAUCGGAAGGAAAGAGGUGCCAAAAGCACAAGGUAUAACCCUGCCCAGUCCUGUACUGAAAACAUUACUGCAUGCAAUACUCCACUCAGUUUUCCCUCAAUAGCACUUGUGCUACCAACUUUGAAAGUAGAUUUUCCUGUCUAUUUCUAAUUGCAAUCUUUAAGUAAUCCUCCUAAUUGACUGCAGUAUUGAAGUGUUCCUGUUUCUUAUCAAAUCAAACUUUAAUGUGCAUUAAAAUUGCAAUAGACUUUAAAUUAAAAUGGUGGUGUGUGUGUGUGUGGUCUCUCAGCGGCCUUCAGGAACCUAGGCCAGAACCUGUGGGGUCCUCACCGUUAUGGCAGCCUGAGUGACGUGCAGGUCAGCAGUGUGGUGUCUGGGCCCUGUGCUGCCCACAGCCUCCUCAUCACCACCGAGGGCAAGCUCUGGAGCUGGGGUAGGAAUGCUAUACCGUAAUAGCUCAUAGUUUAUACUUACAGUGCCUUCGGAAAGUAUUCAUACCCCUCAACCUUUUCCACAUUUUAUUACGUUACAGCCUUAUUCUAAAAUGGAUUAAAUAUAUAAAAAAUCUACACACAAUACCCCAUAAUGACAAAGCGAAAACAGGUUUUUAGAAAUGUUUGCAAAUGUAUUACAAAUAAAAAACAGAUACCUUAUUUAAAUAAAUAUUCAGACCCUUUGCUAUGAGACUCGAAAUUGAGCUCAGGUGCAUCCUGUUUCCAUUGAUCAUCCUUGAGAUGUUUCUACAACUUGAUUAGAGUCCACCUGUGGUAAAUUCAAUUGAUUGGUCAUGAUUUGGAAAGGCACUCACCUGUCUAUAUAAGGUCCCACAGUUGACAGUGCAUGUCAGAGCAAAAACCAAGCGAUGAGGUCGAAGGAAUUGUCCGUAGAGCUCCGAGACAGGAUUGUGUCAAGACACAGAUCUGGGGAAGUGUACCAACAAAUUUCUGCAGCAUUGAAGGUCCCCAAGAACACAGUGGCCUCCAUCAUUCUUUAAUGGAAGAAGUUUGGAACCACCAAGACUCUUCCUAGAGCUGGCUGCCUGGCCAAACUGAGCAAUCAGGGGAGAAGGGUCUUGGUCAGGGAGGUGACCAAGAACCCGAUGGUCACUCUGACAGAGUACUAGAGUUCCUCUGUGGAGAUGGGAGAACCUUCUAGAAGGACAACCAUCUCUGCAGCACUCCACCAAUCAGGCCUUUAUGCUAGAGUGGCCAGACGGAAGCCACUCCUCAGUAAAAGGUACAUGACAGCUCGCUUGGAGUUGGCCAAAAGGCAUCUAAAGACUCUCAGACCAUGAGAAACAAGAUUCUCUGGUCUGAUGAAACCAAGAUUGAACUCUUUGGACUGAAUGCCAAGCGUCACGUCUGGAGGAAACCAGGCACCAUCCCGACGGUGAAGCAUGGUGGUGGCAGCAUCAUGCUGUGGGGAUGUUUUUCAGCGGAAAGGACUGGGAGACUAGUCAGGAUCGAGGCAAAGAUGAACGGAGCAAAGUGCAGAGAGAUCCUUGAUGAAAACCUGCUCCAGAGCGUUCAGGACCUCAGACUGGGGUGAAGGUUCACCUUCCAACAGGACAACGACCCUAAGCACACAGCCAAGACAAUGCAAGAGUGGCUUCGGGACAAGUCUCUGAAUGUCCUUGAGUGGCCCAGCCAGAGCCCGGACUUGAACCCGAUCAAACAUCUCUGGAGAGAUUUGAAAAUAGCUGUGCAGCGACGCUCCCCAUCCAACCUGAUAGAGCUUGAGAGGAUCUGCAGAGAAGAAUGGGAGAAACUCCCCAAAUACAGGUGUGCCAAGCUUGUAGCGUCAUACCCAAGAAGACUCAAGUCUGUAAUCGCUGCCAAAGGUGCUUCAACAAAGCACUGAGUAAAGGGUCUGAAUAUUUAUGUAAAUGUGAUAUUUCCAUAUUUUUUUAAAUAUAAAUUAGCACAAUUUUCUAAAAAACAGUUUUUGCUUUGUCAUUAUGGGGUAUUGUGUGUAGAUUGAGGGGGGGGAAAACAAUUUAAUCAAUUUUAGAAUAAAGCUAUAACCUAACAAAAUGUGGAAAAAGUCAAGGGGUCUGAAUAUUUUCUAAAGGCACUGUUUUAUUAUAUAUAUAUAUAUAUAUCAUAGAUGUAAUCGUUCUAGCUGGUUUGAGUCCAGGAGAAAGGGUCAAUAUUGACUUCUUUCUGCCUCUAUCAGGUCGAAAUGAAAAGGGUCAGCUGGGUCACGGGGACACCAAGCGCCUAGAGGCCCCAAAGUUGAUUGAGGCCCUUGCAGACGAAGUGGUGGUGGCUGCAGCCUGUGGACGCAACCACACCCUGGCAUUGACAGAGGGUGGCACCGCCUACUCGUUUGGAGAGAACAAACUGGGCCAGCUGGGCCAGGGCAACCAAACUGAUGCAGGCCUCAGUCCAGCCCCGGUAAGCAACAUCAACCUCCCUAUUCAUCUGCUUCAUUAUUGUUGCUGCUUUAUUAUAGGUUUAAUAUGGCCACAUGGUGAGCCUGUGCUUAUCAAAGCUUCUCCUUGCCCCUCUCAGAUCCAGUACGAUGGGCAGCCCUUGGUCAAGGUGGCGUGUGGGGCAGAGUUCAGUAUGGUGGUGGACUGCAAAGGGAACCUCUACUCGUUCGGCUGCCCAGAGUAUGGCCAGCUAGGUAUGUCCUCAACUAACGAGCAGGACUGGACAGAUUUCAACUUUUUUUUAAAGUUUCACCGAAGUUUCUCUUUAAAGACGAAAGUUUCUCCAAUGACACAUUUAAAGAAUCACAAUGACCCCUUCAAAGAUCAUUCUAGAUCAAACACUGGCGUAGGACUUAUUUUUACCUUGUGUUUUGGGUCACAGGACACAACUCUGACGGCAAGUUCAUUGCCCGCGCCCAGCGCAUCGAGUUUGACUGUGAGACCGUUGCACGCCGCGUGGCCAUCUUCAUCGAGAAGAGUAAGGACGGCCAGGUGACACCUGUACCUAACGUGGUGGUCCGCGACGUCGCCUGCGGAGGCAAUCACACGGUGAGGAGAGAAGACCAGAACCCAUAUUCAGUCUUGGAGAAAGAAUGCUGAUCUAGGACCAGUUUGGCCUUUUAGAUCAUAAUGAAUAAGAUUACAUGUACAUGAGGGACCUGAUUCUAGAUCAGCACUCCUACUCUGAGACGCUUUAUGAAUACAGGCUCUGAUCCCUGUUGUCACAAAUACAGACAUUUGCAUUUUAGAAACAGAAAUCGAACAAUGAUAUUAUAUUAGUGAUGUCCCCCCCCUUUGCAUAAUUGCUGAAUGAAGAGCAUUUGAGUAAUGUAAGACACUCUUAUCCAGAGCAACCUACAGCGUUCCCUUCAUGUUUGACUAAUGAACUUGCAGAUGGAGACGCUAAAAGGGAGCUGAUAACAUUUGGUACCAGCCUGUGUUUAAAGGGAUAGUCCACUCAAAGUAUGAGUUUUUACUUGCAUUGGCUGUAGUUGAUUCGCAAAGACAGGUAUAUAUAUUUUUCUCUCACUUUUGUUUUGUUAGCGUGAGGUAUGUAAACUGUGUGUGUGUGUGUGUCCAGCUGAUAUUGGACUCCCAGAAGCGGGUGUUUUCCUGGGGCUUUGGUGGUUAUGGACGGCUGGGUCACACGGAGCCGAAGGACGAGAUGGUGCCCAGACUGGUGAAGCUCUUUGACUUCCCCGGGCGCGGGGCAUCCCAAAUCUACACUGGCUAUCAGUGCUCCUUUGCUGUAAAUGAGAUGGGUAUGGGACACAAUGCUUAACCCCUUGGAAUGUCGCACUGAUGAGUAAAUCUCUUUAGAAUUUAUUUUAUUAUCAAUUUAAUACCACUAUAAACCAAGAAUACUACCAUUACUUCCCCAAGUCUGUGUUGUGCUACCAGAUAUACACUGGGUGUACAAAACAUUGCUCUUUCCAUGACAGACUGACCAGGUGAAAGCUGUAAUCUCUAAUUGGGGUCACCUGUUAAAUCCACUUCAAUCAAUGUAGAUGAAGGGGAGGAGACGGGUUAAAGAAGGAUUUUUAAGCCUUGAGACAAUUGAGACAUGGAUUGUGUAUGUGUGCCAUUCAGAGGGUGAAUGGGCAAGACAAAUGAUUGAAGUGCCUUUGAACGGGGUAUGGUAGUAGGUGCCAGGCGCACCGGUUUGAGUGUGUCAAGAACGGCAGUGCUGCUGGGUUUUUCACGCUCAACAGUUUCCCAUGUGUAUCAAGAAUGGUCCACCACCCAAAGGACAUCCAGACAACUUGACACUACUGUGGGAAACAUUGGAGUCAACAUAGGCCAGCAGCCCUGUGUAACGCUUUCGACACAUUGUAGAGUCCAUUCCCCGACGAACUGAGGCUGUUCUGAGGGCAAACGGGGGGUGCAAGUCAAUAUUAGGAAGGUGUUCUUAAUGUAUUGUACACUGAAUGUAUAUUGUAGUGAUUUCAAGGGGUAUCCCAAAUGGGAUUUGAACCUAGCAUCUGUCAGUCUAACACUGUAGCCAUUACGCUAAGAGUUGGACACUUUUGCCAAGGACACUGGUGUUUUUAAUAAGGAAGCUACAAUAUUAACAUUUUGUGUGCAGGAGGGCUGUUUUUCUGGGGUGUCACCAAUACUUCGCGGGAGUCUACCAUGUACCCCAAGGCAGUGCAGGACCUGUGUGGCUGGAAGGUCCGCAGUCUGGCAUGCGGGAAAAGCAGUAUCGUUAUCGCUGCAGACGACAGCACCAUCAGCUGGGGACCCUCACCCACCUUUGGCGAGCUGGCAAGUUUUUAAUCAUAAUUAAUUGGUGUAUGUAUAAAGGCCAUUUCUCACACCCAAAGUGCUAUACAAUUAUACAUUGAAAUAAAAAAUCCCAGACAUUUUCCAUAUGCACAAAAAUCUUAUUUCUCACAAAUUGUGCACAAAUUGACAGGUGUGGCAUAUCAAGAAGCUGAAUAAUUAAUUAUGAUCAUUAUACAGCUGCACCUUGUGCUGGGGACAAUGAAAGGCCACUUCAAAAUGUGCAGUUUAUAGUUACACAACACCAUCCUACAGAUGUCUCAAGUUUUGAGGGAGGGUGCAAUAGGCAUGCUGACUGCAGGAAUGUCCACCAGAGCUGUUGCUCUGCCCAGUCAUGUGAAAUCCAUAGAUUAAAGUCUAAUUUAUUUAUUUCAAUUGACUGAUUUCCUUAUGAACUGUAACUCUGUAAAAUCUUUGAAAUUGUUGGAUGUUGCAUUUCAUAUCUGUGUUCAGUAUAUAAAUGUACUUGUUUGCUCAAAAGACUGCUGAAUUUGUGCACCUGUUCUGGCUUCUCAACCCAUUAUGACAUGGGUUUGUGUUUGUUACAGGGAUACGGAGACAACAAGGCCAAGUCCUCCACUACUGCUCAGGAGGUGAAGACCCUGGAUGGAGUUUACGCUGAACAGGUGUGGAGCAGCAACUUAUAGUGAAAACAGUUUUCUGUAGAUGGGAACUGCAUUUAGGUGCAUGUUCACUCUUUGGGCCAAAACACUGUGGUGUUUGCUUGCAGGUGGUAAUGGGAUACGCACACUCCCUGGUCAUCGCCAGACAGGAUACUCCACAGGAACAAGAGACGCUCAAGAAGCUGCCAGAGUACAACCCACGCACGCUC